AUGCACGCCUCCCUCAUCCGCCGCCAGCUCGGGGGUCUGAUCCCUCCCAAAAUUGCUACUCCUAAACUUGUGUCAGGUGGAUCUGGCGCUGGACUAGGACCUCUCGUCGACUUCUACUCGAAACUUCCCAAGGGCGAGUCAACAGCGCGUGUCAGCGGUAUCAAGGGACGCUACUUCUCUGGAAAGAACGCGUCGGGAAAGCCUAUCGUUGCUCUCAUUGUCGGGUUGUUCGCCGUUGGAUAUACCAUUGACUACAACACACGCUUUGUCUUCUGA